UCUUACAAUUUUAUAUGAAUAUUUUUUUUAGUAUCUUCCAUGUUCUAACGCAAAAUUUGAGACGAUAACAAAACUGGUAUACUAUUAUUUGGGAUCCUCAUUCCUUCUAUAUCGUUUUACUUAUGCUAUUAGUCCUACAGCUUCUAAAUUGCCUCCACCCCUAUUCAAGUUGCCGUUCCAAUUUAAAAUGUCGCUCACGCCUCACAUUCUCCUUAACUACGAUCAUAUUAAUAUAUUUUGUUACUCCCAUAUUAACGGAUAUUAGCGGUGGAGACGUGAUAGUUUUAGGUAUAACGCGUUUUGAAAGGCUGACAUUUUUUUGCGGUUCUAAGGACCAAGAGAGCGAGUGCCAUUCUCCGAAUAUACCCACUGAACCGAUACCGGUUUUCUCGGAUAAGCUUACUUCCCUACGACUCUUUGGCGUGCUAGUCCUGAAUAAUGAGGAAGAGGGGAAGGGUAUGUUUACUUUAAAUUCGAAUUUCAAUUUCUCCUUGAGGAUAUCGUUCGCCGCUGGUGUUUCUCUGGCAUCAGGUGCAUCUUGCGACGAGCACAGGGUUACGCCCCCUUUCAUUUCCACUUAUAUCACAUUCUUUUCGUCGUCUUUGGUUGUGAAGGCAAACCAGACUAAAUCGAAUGUUAAAAAUACGAACGUCUCGAUUGGAGUUAAAGUUUUGCCAUUUGUAGCAGCCAUAGAUGUCACGCUCCCUUUAAUUAGCCCUCCCUUGGGAGAUAAAAAACUUCCGUUUGAAAAUUUUUAUCAGCUAUGCGUCAAAAAAAGAUUCGAAGUUGCCACUUCUAGUAACAACCUCCCUUUCAAUUCAUCAGAUAGUCCAGUUAUUAGAUGGACAUUUUCUGAACCCUAUCCAUGGCUUAGAUUAAUGGCCUUCAAGUCUCGUUCCCGCUACCUCCUGCCUUACAUCAGCCUGCAAAUAUCCCUCAUAGUUGCCAUGUUCCUGAUAUCGGGCUUGUUCAGCGGGCUCACUAUAGGUCUGCUGUCAUUGGAUCCCACCGAGUUGACUUUAAUCCAAAAAAGCGGUACCCCUAAGGAAAGGGCAUAUUCUCGCAUAAUAGCCCCCCUACGCAAGCGGGGUAACUUUCUCUUGUGUUCCCUCGUACUUGGAAACGUACUUGUCAACAGUACCUUAACUAUUUUGCUAGAAAACCUUUCCUCGGGCAAGAUAGCCGUAAUAGUCUCCACAUUUGGUAUAACUAUAUUCGGUGAAAUUCUUCCUCAAGCCAUUUGUACUCGUUAUGGUUUAGCCAUUGGAGCCCGAACUGUAUGGCUCACGCGUAUUAUUAUGGGUCUAACGUCACCGGUGUCUUAUCCUGUGAGCCGUUGCUUAGAUGCAGUUCUGGGCGAAGAAAUCGGUUCGGUUUAUGAUCGUCAACGUUUGUUAGAGCUAGUCAAGAUGAUGGCUGCCACUCCUUGCAACUCAGUUCAGUCGGAUAUCAGUAACGGAUCCGUCAUCAAUAAGGCUAACCCACCAAUUUUUAAUCGUAAAAAAGGAGGAAGCCUUGUCGAUGCAUCAACAAAGAAUUCUUCUCUUUCUCCUCAUAAACGAGCCAGCUUAAAGCCUCCCAAAAAUAAUCGUAGUUCCAAUAAAAAUAAACCUAAUUCGAAAAGCACUAGAUUCAAAAGUGAAGGGGAUUUGGCCGCCCUGCGAAAAGAUGAGGCCGAUAUUAUUGCCGGUGCUCUAGCCAUGAAUUCUAAAAAAGUGGGAGAAAUUAUGACCCCCUUAGAACGAGUCUUUGCCAUUCCUUACUCUUCAAUCUUAGAUUUCGAAACCUUAGCUUCGAUUGUAGCUUCGGGUUAUACUCGAAUACCGGUUUAUAACGAACCGGACAAAUCUAACAUAUUGGGACUUUUGAAUUUCAAGGACCUAGCCUUCGUGGAUCCCGACGAUCGUAUCCCUCUAUCAACGGUUCUGAAGUUUUACAAGCAUUUUGUUACGUACGUCUAUGAGGAUACGCUACUCACUUCCAUAUUGGACGAAUUCAAGAAAGGUAAAUCCCACAUGGCUUUUGUGAGAAGAGUUAUAAUAGAGGAAGACAAGGAUCCUUGGUACAGAAUCGUUGGUCUUGUAACGCUUGAAGAUGUUAUUGAAGAAAUUAUCCAAUCCGAAAUUUGGGAUGAAACAGAUAAUCUUGAUAAAAUUGACAACAAAGGUAGCCACGUGAGAAAGCGCGAGCAUGAUUUUGAUCUAUUUUGGAGGCCGGAUGAUCCUAAUAAAGAUGCAAAUUAUUCCAGCCUUCUCACACCCCAGAUGUCUUUAGUAGCUUACCAAUACUUGAAAGCCAACAUAGAUGCCUUCGGCGAUACCUUAGUGUCAGGGCCGGUACUAAGAAAACUGAUAAGACGCCCAAGCGUUGUAAUGAACUUUCCCCAACGCAAUUUCGAUAUAAGAAAAAUUAGUGAUGCCCCUAUUCAUCUCGAUAAUAUUGGCCAUUCGACUUCACCAACAACCGAUAUAAAUCUAAUUAAAUCAGCGGAUGGAAAUGUUUUACACUCCGAAGAACAUAAAGAUAUAGGAAAAGUCAUCGCUACACUAGAUAAUAAUCAAAUAGAAUUAAAUCCGGUAAAAUCAAGCUCCUACAUUCUAAACGAUUUGAAAUAUUCGUCAUGUCUUUCUUUGCUGGGUAACGUGUCCCCCUGCCACAAAUAUUUCGAGUCUAGUCUUAAAAAUGUCGAAGAACACAAUUUGUUAGGUAGCCACGACAAUUUUAUAAAGAUCGCCAAUAUUGGGAAUGCCCUAUAUACGAAAGGUUUGUUCAUUAACCCCUCAUUCCCAGUUAGUGCGAAUUUACGGCGAAGAAUACAAAAAUGCAGAUAUUUUAUAUAUUCUCCACGAGCGCUAACUGUAAAUGAGAUAGGGAAGCCGGCCGAUUAUUUUAUCAUGAUAUUAGAAGGACGAGUCAGAGUUUACGCCGGAAGCGAGAACAUAUGUUUCGAUACAGGGCCAUUCAGUUAUUUCGGAUUACAAGCAUUGACUUUAAAUGAUGAUCAACUCUUAAAUAAUAAAUCCAAGAAAUCAACUCGUUUUGUUGACGAUCCUCACUCUCUAUAUUCAAGCCACAGGAAUAACGAGGAAGAUCAUUAUCACAAAAGUAAAAAAAUUCUAUCUCCAGAGAAUCAUCAUUUCAUUCCCGAUUUCACUGUCAUUCCCCUAUACGAAUCAAAUCAGGUAGGCUCGGGACCUGCAUCUAACAGGCUCAUUUAUCUCAAAAUAAGAACGGACCAUUACAGGGCCGUCUGUAAAGCUACUGCCAUAGAGCGAGAAAUGUGUAAGGCCGUUAAAAAUAUUAAAGAUACUAAUUCGAAUGACGAGCAUUUGAAAGUUAAAGUUAUAGACGAACUAAUUAAUAAAAAUGAUAAAGGAUUUGUUGAUGAUCUAAAAGGCCGGCAAGAUAUUAUACUUCUCAGUGGUCCUGAUGGAGGAAGACACAAAGAGGAAAAUUGUAUCGAAGAGAAGAUAGAAAAUCUGUAUAGUAAUAAAGAAACAUCAAAUAAUCAAGAACCUCCUGAUACCUACACCCUUGUCAGCCCCCACGUUUCAAAGGGCGGUAUUCAAUAUUGAAUCCGACGCGUUGCGUCUUUUGGUGCAAAAAUUAAAUUUAGAACUAGAUUGUAUAGUGAUUGCUUUUUCGCCACUUCCCUCCAAUACUUUAAAUUUGAUAAAUGUUAACUAAACCCCAUUCGGCUCACAUAUUGUGAUGCGAUUAAUCGGAUCUCAUAAUCGAUAUCAUAAGCAAAUUCAUAUUAUAUUUGAAAUAUUAUAUUAGGGUUUUUUAAAUGAAUUUAUUUAUUUAUUAUGAAUGUUUUUUUUACAAAUUGGGUUAUAAUUUUCUUAACUGGUGGUAAUGAUUCUGAGAAUU